UUCAACCUGACAGAGUUAAAAGAAUUUAAGAGGGCUGCUUUGGAUCAUUUAUUGAAAGGGAUUGACGUAUUUUUUAGUGUGAAAACAGGCGCCGGGAAGUAUAUCUGUUAACCGGCUCUCCAUCCUAUGUGGAUGAAGGAGAACCCAGGCAAUCGGUGUACAGUUCUCGUGAUAUGCCAUUUGAUCAGCAAAAUGAAAGAGCAGACUGAUUAUUUGACAGACAUAGGAUUUUCGGCUACAUACAUCGGUAAGGAUGCGAAAGAAGUAGAUGGUAUCAAAAGAGGCGACAGUCAUUACAAUUUAUUUUCUCAUUGCCGGAGGCUGUUGUUGGCAAUCCCGAGUGGAGGGCAAUAUUUCUUGGUCUCGCAGGAGAGAGAGUUCGUCUUCUAGUUAUCGACGAGGCACAUACAGCUCUGUACUGAUUCAAUGAAUGGGGAACAUUCCUUUGGUUUUAAAAAGAAAUUAGUGGGAAAUGUCGGCAAACAACAGUUCGGACUGGAAGAACCAGACUGAUUCCUACCAGAGAAGUCUUCCCCCUACAGUCUUACUCUGUACAUUUGUGAGUAGUUCUCUAUCUGUCAUCGGGGCGGUGGUCAUUUUUGUCACAUAUUGUAUAGUUACUGUGGCCAAAAACCAGACGAGGCGGCUACUGGUGUACUUAACUAUAGCCGACUUGUUGAAUGCCUUGGGUAAUCUUGUGGGGGCGCUGCACUACGCAGUGAGGGAUGAAUCUACUUACAUGAAUAAACUCUAUAACAUGUCUCUGGAUUGCGAUCUGCGGGACGAUCAGAUAUGUAUCAUGCAAAGCUGCGUUUCAACGUUCGCGUCUCUGGCGUCUUUCUUCUGGGUAAACAUCAUUAUGAUCCAUAUUCUUAUGACGUUAAUCCAUCAAAGGGAGUGGUCCAAUCUCCGCAACAAAGUCAUCUAUCACCUUAUCGCCUGGGGAGUACCGUUGGUUAUAACGCUGGUAGCAAUCUUCUUUAACGCUCUUGGAGAAGAUUUCUCUAUCAGCAGUGGACCAUGGUGCUGGAUUAAGGGAUGUUUAGAGCCCCAACAAGUCAUAUUCUGGAUGACAUUUACAAGAACGGGCUGGGAAAUCCUUACGUACUUUCUAACCAUGGCGUUCUACAUAAUCAUGAAAUUCUACAUGGUGAAAACGUCAAUGCGUUUCAAAGAUCAAAGUCACAACAAUCUCCGAAAAGAGGACGAGUUAUAUAUCAUGAUAUUCUUCGUUAUUGUCAUUCUCCGAGUGGUGGGUACAGUUCGCUAUGGUAUCGCUAUUUCGAAAACAAUAAACCGCAGCCUCUAUGAGAAGUUCAGUUCCACAGACAUGGUUCUUCUGCACAUCCAGAGUGUUGGAGACAGUGCGCAGGCGUUCUGUAACUGUAUCUUAUUCUGCAUUCGAGACACCGAAGUCAGGCGGGAAUUGUGGAAUCGAAUUCGUAGGUCACGAUGGGAAAGACAGCCGUUGUUUACUGAGUUGAUGGAAUUGUAAAUUAAAACAAGCGGUAAUCUUGUGCAUAUAACACAGGUUUAGAGACAUACUAUAACAUGAAAAAAUUGUUGACGCAAAGUAAGUCCUUUAGAAUAGUGUAACACUAAUAUUUGGAUAUCUUAAUCCUGAUUUUCAUGUACAUCAAUUAUACGAAAGUCCUUAAUAUAACCCACUGCUGAAAAUAGGACACUUCUUUUGACAAGAUUAUAGUGUACUAUGAUCAAAGAUGAAAACAACGAACAGUGACCAAUCUCACAACUCCCACAAGAAAUACAAAAUAGAUAGCUGGGCAAACACAGACCCCUGGACACACCAGAGGUGGGACCAUGCAUAGCGAUGUCUGUUCGUCCGUAAUUCCUUCCAGGGUUUUUUGUUUAUAUUUUAAUUUCUUGGUCACACAUCAAGCUAAAAAUUGCUGCAUAGCUUCUUUGUGAGACACUUAGAAUCAUAUUGCAAUUUUGAAUCAUUUCAACCUCUUUCAUGAGUGUUGCCAUUUUAUUUGAAAUUAAAUGUUAUAUUGUU